AUGUCCGAGAAGACCUUCAAGCAGGGCCGCAGCUUUGAACAAAGAGUGGAAGAUGUCCGGCCCAUACGGGAGCAGCACCGCACGAAGAUCCCAGUGAUGAUAGAGCGAUCCAAGGGUGAGAAGCAACUGCCUGUCCUGGACAAAACCAAGUUCCUUGUACCUGAUCAUGUGAACAUGAGCGAGCUCAUCAAGAUAAUUAGAAGGCGCUUACAGUUUACCGCCAAUCAAGCUUUCUUCCUCCUGGUGAACGGGCACAGCACGGUGAGUGUGUCCACACCCAUUUCUGAAGUGUACGAGAGUGAGAAGGUUGAAGACGGCUUUCUGUACAAGGUGUAUGCCUCCCAGGAGACAUCUGGAACAGCACUGGCUGUGUAAGACUAAAACAAUGCCUAAUGUUUGUUAAGCCCUUAUCAAGGAAAAAAAGGGACGUUACCAGCGGAUGCUGGUCAGCUCACACUCACAGAUCAGAACGUAGGCGCCCACCUAGGGUGUUAGGAACUGUUUGUCAGCCAGAAACUGAGCUCCAUGCAAGUGCAUUCAGCUUGGAAACUCAUCUAAACUAGGCUCUCUUGUGUUCAAACUUUAGAAGUUUAAAAAUAAAAUACUUUGCACCCUAAUA